AUUGCGGCUCAGGCACUACACUUGUUCCUGGUGUCCUGGGCAGGAAGAGGGGCGAGUUGCAGCCGCUGCCUGGUGGGGGGAGGGGGGUGCCCGACUAGUCCAAGCCAAAGCGCGAACCCCACGAGGCGAGGCCCCUCUGAGGCCGGCCAGCGGUGGGGGAGAAAGCCAAAGCCAUGAGCAACCAAUACCAAGAAGAGAGCUGCUCGGAGAGGCCCGAAUGCAAAAGUAAAUCGCCAACUUUGCUCUCCUCCUACUGCAUCGACAGCAUCCUGGGCAGGAGGAGCCCGUGUAAAAUGAGACUGCUAGGAGCUGCUCCCAGCCUGCCCCCUCUGGCUAGCAGGACAGACCAGGACAAGGCCGGACAAGGACUGACCAAGGGCAGCCCGCCUGGGUUCGAGGCGGCCGAGCUGCACUUGCCGCCCAAGCUGCGCCGUCUCUAUGGGCCCGGCGGGGGCCGGCUGCUGGGUCGCGCCGAGCGGGCUGAAGCCGGUGCCUCGUCGUGGGACUCGCUCAAGAUCAGCCAGGCGCCACAGGUCAGCAUCAGCCGCAGCAAAUCGUACCGGGAAAAUGCGCCCUUCGCGCGGGCCGCUGCCCUGGACGAGCUGGCCAGUCCCGGAGGUGGCGGAGGCGGCCCGGACGGCAGGCCCGGACGGGAGGACGAUCUGCUGGAUGAGGAGGAUGACGACGACGACGAGGACGAGGAGGAGGAGGAAGAGGAGGCCGAGGAGCUGGACGAAGAGCUGGAGGACGACGAGGAGCUGCUGGCUGAGGCCAAGGAGGCCCGUCGGGGCGUGGGGGUCUCCCUCUCGGCCGGCGUGGGGCCAGGGGCUGCGCCAGGGGCUGAGGGUGCCGACGGCUCUCCCAAGGAGGAGCUGCUGCUGCCCUCCGACGAACUGGCCGAGGGCAAGGACGGCGAGGACAGCGUGUGCCUCUCGGCGGGCAGCGACUCCGAGGAGGGGCUGCUCAAGAGGAAGCAGCGCCGCUACCGCACCACCUUCACCAGCUACCAGCUGGAGGAGCUGGAGAGGGCCUUCCAGAAGACGCACUAUCCCGAUGUCUUUACCAGGGAGGAGCUGGCAAUGCGCCUCGAUCUGACCGAAGCCAGAGUGCAGGUCUGGUUCCAGAACCGGAGAGCCAAAUGGCGGAAGAGGGAAAAGGCCGGCGCUCAGAGCCACCCGCCGGGCCUGCCUUUCCCUGGUCCCCUGUCAGCGUCUCACCCGCUCAGUCCCUACCUUGAUGCUAGUCCUUUCCCUCCUCACCACCCAGCUCUCGACUCCGCCUGGACAGCCGCCGCUGCAGCAGCUGCCGCCGCCGCCGCCUUCCCCAGCCUGCCGCCUCCUCCUCCCGGCUCGGCAGCUUUGCCCCCCAACGGGACCCCACUAGGCCUCAGCACUUUCCUGGGAGCGGCUGUGUUCCGGCACCCGGCCUUCAUCAGCCCCGCCUUCGGCAGGCUCUUUUCCACCAUGGCCCCCCUGACUAGCGCCUCCACCGCGGCCGCCCUGCUGAGACAGCCGGCCCCAGCCGUGGAGAGCGCCGUGCAAUCCAGCGGCCUCUCGGAUCCUGCCACCGCGGCGGCGGAUCGACGCGCCUCCAGCAUAGCCGCGUUGCGGCUGAAAGCGAAAGAGCACGCCGCGCAGCUCACGCAACUCAACAUCCUCCCCGGGAAUAGCACGGGCAAAGAGGUGUGCUAAGUGGCCCUGCGGGAGGGGGCGGCGGGCAGGGGGCAGCCCGAGGUCGCCUCGCCCGAGGAACGAAUCCAAGACCAAAAUGGGAGCGGGAGAGAGAGAGAGAAAUAUACAAACAUAUUUAAAACAACAUAAAAAUAAAAAUGGGGGGAGGGCCGAGGACCAGCGACUGAGAGGACACCGGGGAGGUUCUCCUCCGGUGAGGAACUUGGAGAAAGCCAGGCUCUUGCUUUUGCUGCUUCCCGAGGGGCAGAUGAGCAGGAGACGCUCCUUCUGGGCUGGUCUCUUUCCACAACCUGCGUGUCACUCUGUUCCUUGAUCAGCAAGCCACACACCAAGUAGAUGCGGGGGCGGGGAGCCAGCAAGUGGGGGAGAUUGUGGAGAGGCGAGGCGGGGAUCGAAGCUGAUGCUUAGCCCCCCGCCCCGCUCUUUCCCUUCCCUCUAUCCGUUUUGUCAAAAUCCCAUCCUGGGCCAUUCAUGUACGGAGAGGAGUGUUGGAGACUUCAAAGCUGGAGGACGCAAACCAAGGAUGCUGCUGACAGGAGCCAAAAGGAAGGGAUGCGGUGGAAACCAAGCAGCGCACUUAAGGCAAAGGGGUCUGGUCUUUUUUUGUCCUUGAACACUACACCAACCAAGGGUUUUAUAGCAAACCAAAGGGAAAUACAGUGCUAGAAUAUGGACUGUUUCAAGUCACUAAACUGUGAUGCUCGAUACUGUACAUACCAUUGUUAUUAAAAAAAUAAGAAAACGACAAAAACAGAGCUUUGUAUAUUUGAAAUGUUAUAUAACAAUUGCACUCAGUGUAGUGUUUGUACAAGUUUGUCAUUUCUGUAGACUCUUACUGUGUUGUAGAUAUCAUAGGGUCCCUAGACAAAUAUUUAUGUACAAACCCUUUAUUUAACUUAUUAACUGUAGGGGUUCCCGAAACGCGAAAAAGAGAGAAAAGGAGGGAGACAGACAGACAGACAGAAAGGGCAUCGCUAUGGUACUUUUGUGUAAUGUUGUUAUUGCUCUCACUUUUCCUUGCGACCACGUGGAAAAGUGUCACCCAUAGAAAAUAAAAUAUAUCUAUCUAUCUAUAUACACACAA